UUACCCAUUUCUCAACUUGUGAUCGACAACCAUAUGGCAAGAAGUGAACAAGAUCUAUUGUCGACGGAGAUUGUCAACCGUGGGAUCGAGUCAUCGGGUCCAAAUGCUGGAUCCUUGACGUUUUCAGUUCGGGUCCGGAGAAGGCUGCCGGACUUUCUACAGUCGGUGAAUCUCAAGUACGUGAAGUUGGGAUACCAUUAUCUGAUAAAUCAUGGCAUAUACCUGGCCACCAUACCUGUGCUGGUGCUGGUUUUCAGUGCUGAAGUUGGAAGCCUUAGUAGGGAGGAGCUAUGGAAGAAGCUUUGGGAAGAUGCUCGUUAUGAUUUAGCCACCGUGCUUGCGUUCUUUGGCAUCUUUGUCUUCACACUCUCAGUUUACUUCAUGUCACGUCCUCGCUCUAUUUACCUCGUUGACUAUGCAUGUUACCGUCCUCAUGACGAUCUUAAGGUGACAAAAGAGCAGUUCAUAGAGAUGGCGAGGAAAUCCGGCAAGUUCGACGAAGGAAGUCUUGAAUUCCAAAAGAGAAUUCUCCAAUCAUCAGGGAUAGGAGACGAGACGUACGUGCCAAAAUCACUAAUGUCAACCGAAACCUGCACCACCAUGAAAGAAGGCCGGCUUGAAGCUUCAACAGUCAUGUUUGGCGCACUUGAUGAACUUUUCGAGAAGACGAGAGUGCGGCCAAAGGACGUCGGAGUACUCGUGGUGAACUGCAGCAUCUUCAACCCGACACCUUCACUGUCCGCCAUGAUAAUCAACCAUUAUAAAAUGAGAGGCAACAUCUUGAGCUACAAUCUUGGUGGGAUGGGUUGCAGUGCCGGUAUUAUUGCGGUGGACCUGGCCCGGGACAUGUUGCAGUCUAACCCAAAUAAUUAUGCCGUUGUGGUCAGCACCGAGAUGGUGGCUUACAAUUGGUACCCGGGUCGUGAUCGGUCCAUGCUCAUCCCCAACUGCUUCUUUAGAAUGGGCUGUUCAGCUGUUCUACUAUCAAACCGCUGCCGUGACUACCGCCGGUCCAAAUACCGUCUCGAGCACAUUGUUCGCACCCACAAAGGUGCUGAUGACCGCAGCUUCAGGUGUAUUUACCAGGAGGAAGAUGAUCAAGGUCUCAAGGGACUAAAAGUGAGCAAAGAGCUAAUGGAGAUCGGCGGCGAUGCACUGAAAACCAACAUCACCACACUUGGACCUCUUGUCUUACCCUUCUCAGAGCAGCUCAUCUUCUUCAUCACCCUCCUAUGGAGACAUCUCUUUGGGGGUAAAAAAGCUUCUCACCCCUCAUCAUCUUCUGUGACAAAACCCUACAUUCCAGACUACAAGCUUGCGUUCGAGCACUUCUGCAUUCACGCCGCCAGCAAGAACGUGCUGGAUGGGCUGCAAAAGAAUCUUCAGCUCAGCGAAACCCACCUGGAAGCCUCUCGAAUGACGCUGCACCGCUUUGGAAACACCUCCAGCAGCAGCAUAUGGUACGAGUUGGCUUACUUGGAGGCAAAAGAUAGAGUCAGGAGAGGUGAUAGGAUUUGGCAGCUGGCUUUUGGUUCAGGCUUUAAGUGCAACAGCCUGGUUUGGCGCUCUCUGCGUCGUGUUAGAAAGCCUUCUUCAGAUAAUCCAUGGCUUGACUGCGUUGAUAGAUAUCCUGUGCGUCUCUGAUUGAUUACUUUUAGUAUGUACACACACACAUAUAUAUAUAUAUAUAUAUAUAUAUAUGUUAGCUAUGUUAUGGGUUAUAAUAUGUAAGGUGUUGCAAAACUAAGCUGGGAAUGUUAUAGAUGGUUUCCUAGUCUUAUAUUAGGAAACUUGGUAACUAAUUUGUUAUCGGGUGAUGUUUCCCUUGAACGUUUAAUUUUAUUUAAGCUUGGAAUGGAUUUUAUUAAGAUUAAUUGUAA